AAGGCCAAAGCCCAACAAAGGCAACCAUUUAGCUCAGCUUUCCCAAGAGAGCGCCAAGUUUUAUGAUACUCGGGAGAUGCUACGUACAUGUGUGUGUGUGUACCUCCAUAAAGUACCGGCGAGAGACAUUUCUAAGCCUUGGUUCUGCCCCGUUGCUGCUCCGCACUGCGCAAAGUCCUCUCGCCCUCAGCAGGCGGGACGGGCGGGACGGGCGGACCCGGCCCUGGGACUGCAGGAACGGGAGGGACGGGCGCUCUCCGGCCCUCGGACUGCAGGAACGGGAGGGACGGGCGCUCUCCGGCCCUCGGACUGCAGGAACGGGAGGGACGGGCGCUCUCCGGCCCUGGGACUGGAGGAACGGGAGGGACGGGCGCUCUCCGGCCCUGGGACUGGAGGAACGGGAGGGACGGGCGCUCUCCGGCCCUCGGACUGGAGGAACGGGAGGGAUGGGCGCUCUCCGGCCCUCGGACUGGAGGAAGGCGAGGGACGGGCGCUCUCCGGCCCUCAGGGCGGCAGGAAGGCGAGGGAUGGGCGCUCUCCGGCCCUCAGGGCGGCGGGACGGGCGGGACGGGCGCUCUCCGGCCCUCGGACUGGAGGAACGGGAGGGAUGGGCGCUCUCCGGCCCUGGGACUGGAGGAACGGGAGGGAUGGGCGCUCUCCGCCCCUCAGGGCGGUGGGACGGGCGGGACGGGCCCCGCCCCGUCGGGAGCGAUCGCGGCGGCCGGCGGAGGCGGAGGCGGUGUCGGGGUGGCAUGUUUCUUGCUUCACGAAACUUCUGUUGCUGUGGCAUUAAGCUAAGAACAGAUUUGCUUUCCAAAUCCAUCAAACAUUCCACCUCUGCAACAAUGCCCUUCAGACACAAAAAUACAAAACGAAUUGAAGGCCUUGAUAGCAAUGUGUGGGUUGAAUUUACAAAAGUGGCAGCAGAUCCCUCAAUUGUUAAUCUGGGUCAAGGCCUUCCUGAUAUAUCCCCUCCCAGCUAUGUUAAAGAAGAGCUGGCAAAGGUAGCAGCAGUUGACAGACUGAACCAGUACACCCGAGGCUUUGGACAUCCGUCACUGGUGAAAGCCUUGUCUCAAGUCUAUGAGAAAGUUUGUGGAAGAAAGAUUGAUCCUCUCACAGAUAUCCUGGUGACUGUGGGAGCUUAUGGAUCUCUCUUUAGUACAAUACAGGCACUUAUUGAAGAGGGAGAUGAAGUAAUAAUAAUAGAGCCAUUUUAUGACUGUUAUGAGCCAAUGGUAAAGAUGGCGGGUGCAAAGCCUGUUUUUAUCCCACUAAGAUGUAAAAAUGAUGGAAACUCUGCAUCUAGUGCUGAUUGGGUCUUAGAUCCUGCUGAACUUGCAAAUAAAUUUAAUUCCAAAACAAAAGCAAUUAUUCUGAAUACCCCACAUAACCCGAUAGGCAAGGUUUUUACCCUAGAAGAGCUCCAAGUAAUAGCUGAUCUCUGUAUUAAACAUGACACCCUGUGCAUCAGCGAUGAGGUGUAUGAAUGGCUGGUGUAUAAAGGGAAUAAACACAUUAAAAUAGCUACAUUGCCAGGUAUGUGGGAAAGAACAGUAACUAUAGGAAGUGCUGGGAAAACAUACAGUGUAACUGGCUGGAAGCUUGGUUGGUCCAUUGGUCCUGAGUACCUGAUUAAGCAUUUGCAAGUUGUUCACCAAAAUACACUAUAUACUUGCCCAACUCCAUUACAGGAGGCUUUGGCACAAGCAUUUUGGAUGGACUAUAAGCGCAUGGAUGACCCAGACUGCUAUUUUUACUCCCUGUCUCGAGAGCUGGAGAGCAAGCGUGAUCGGAUGGCUCAGCUACUGAAAGAGGCUGGACUAAAGCCUGUCAUUCCAGAUGGAGGAUACUUUAUGAUUGUUGAUGUUUCCACAUUAAAUGUGGAUCUCUCUGAUGUAGAUGAGAAACAACCUUAUGAUUAUAAAUUUGUCAAAUGGAUGAUAGCAUCUAAGAAGCUGUCAGCAAUUCCUCUUUCAGCAUUCUGUGGUCUUGAGACAAAGAAACAGUUUGAAAAAUACAUACGUUUUUGCUUCAUUAAGAAAGACAGCACACUAGAUGCAGCUGAAGUGAUCCUGAAGAACUGGAAUAAACAGACAGGCUGAUUUUUCUUAUUAACUCUUCCAUAUAGUAUAACUAUCUAAUAGUAGGGUUUUUUAAAUUGGAAAUUUAAGAAAAAAUAACUUCAUACAGUACAGAAUUAAUAUAACACUGUAAGUAACUUUUUACUGAUACCUGCUGUGGAGUUAAAGCAAUGAUUUACUGAAAUAUGUGUAAUGCAACUCAGAGGUUAUUUUCAGUCUUUUUAAAAUAAAUUGCUUUUCUCUUAAAGAAA